GCAUAGCUAUGUUUCCAACGUUGGCUUUAACUCGAAACUCGUCGAAAAAGGCUGACUUAAAGAAAGACCGCAUUCCUUUAGCAUUUAAAGAAACCCGAAGUGCCCGCGAUAUCUAUCGGAAGUUACUCUAUCAGCGCGUGCGCAGUUUACACUACCAGCGGCUCGAUAAGAUCAAACGAAGCACACGAAAGCCACACAGAGAUGGUUUUUCUUUUUCUUUUUCGUUUGUUUUUUUUUUUCUCUUAGUUUGUUUUUGAUUGUACUUUCUUACUUUAAAUUUUGUGAAACACCAACUAAAAUCCUCAAAAAUGUAGCCGAAUUUGCCAGAUGAAUUUUUUAAAUUUUCCUCCCUCGGGCUGACGCAAGUGAAAUUUCACCUCCUUAGCAACGCGCACGAGCGCGCGCAUGAAUCGGUUAAUGGGUCCUCGAAUGCUUAAAGCUAGUAUAUCAUAAAUUAAAAGUUAGUAGAGCUAGUAUAUCAUAAAUUAAGAGUUAUAUCAUAAGUUAAGAGUGUAUAAUAUUUGCUCAGAUCAAAGCAGAAAGCUCUUAGAAUGACAAAAUUUGUGGGGAUUUUGUACAGACUGCUAGUUUGCAUUUAUGAUAUCCCUUUUUGUAGCAACACAAGGCUGGUUGUCAUGCAAAAGUGGAAUGUUUGCAUGCAAGUGUACGCAUUGAACACGUAGCUACAAUUGUGAGCUACUUUGAAACGCCUUUUGAGAGAUUCCACCCUCAGCAUCAAAGGAAGUCUUCCCUGCGGUUUAUUUUACAGAAUGAUUGGCCAUCGUCAGGCCCUGAAACUUCUUGUGGUCGUCACCUUUGCGUUUGCUGUAGUGACAAUUGUAAGGAACAUAGAAUGCGUCAUACUGUUCCCAAGUAACCAUGCUCCGCGAAUUUUCACUCUACGAGAAGUCGAAGAAAAACCAAUUUUCAUUGGUAAGUCUUUCGACACUGGAGCAUGCGCAGUCCCAACGUCUUUCAUCAAUGACAGCCAAGGUUGCAAAGUGCCAAAUGUGGAUCCUUACAAUGACUACAUCAAGAAGGCUCUUAAUCCCGUGAGGUCAAUAUCAUGCCGGGGAAGAUUAUAUACUGAGUAUCAAAACAACUUGUUUCGAUUACUUGAUGACGUCAAUGAAGAGAAUCAAGUCGCCGAGAUCUUUGCAGAGCCCAUUUAUCGAAUUUCUGAUUAUAAUGUGACCCUUGGGGAAAAGAAAUUUCUCAACCUAACGAACAGACAGACUAACCUAGAUAGCGACUUCCUCAAAGUAACUGUUCGUCUGAAAGAUGGCUCAAAGGAAACGUAUUUCCACGCUUCAAUUUUAGAGAUACCCGAAGUUGCACAGCGCAAAAAAACGCACAGUUCACCCCUAAACAUCAUGAUCUUGGCUUUAGACAGAACAUCGGCAGCCCAUUUUCAAAGGAUGCUGCCUAAGACGUAUGCUUUCUUAAAGGACGAACUAGAUUCAGUCAUGUUCAAGAGUUACUCUAUUGUUGGACCUAACACAACUCCAGCUAUGUCUGCUUUCUUAACUGGCAAGUCAUUGUCGGAGAAUUGCGAAUUCAAGGAAGCGAGAAAAGGGGUAAAAAAUUCAAGCUUCGUGGACGAUUGGCCAUUCAUAUUUAAGGAUCUGAAACGCCUAGGAAUUGCCACAAUGUGGAGUGAAGAUCAGCCAAACAUUGGUGCAUUUCAUCUUCGCCUGAAGGGAUUCCAAGAUCAGCCAACAGACCAUUAUGGAAGGAUACUAUGGUACGAAUGGCUGAGGACAACAAGAGAAGCAAGGCUUUGCUUAAACUCCCAACCACAAUAUGUGUUACAACUGAACUACCUGAAAAGCUUCAUGAAAUCCUAUCCUGGAAAAAGAAAAUUUGGUUUCGCAUUUCUAUCCGACUUGUGUCAUCGAUCAGCUAAUCUUCUCCGCGCAGCCGAUAAUGGAUUUGCGGCCUUUUUUGAGUCACUAAAAAACGAGAGUCUCCUGAACGAUACGAUGUUUAUCACAAUGUCUGAUCACGGUCCGACAUACAAGGAAAUACGCCAUAGUCCUCAGGGGAAGUUGGAACACCGACUUCCCUUUCUUUCCUUGACUUUCCCCCCGUGGUUCAAACUCAAUUACCCGAAACAUGCAGCAGCCUUGGUGAAGAAUUCACGGAUAAUCUCGUCACCUUUUGAUCUUUACGCGACGAUGAAACAUUUGUUAACGUUCCCAGAUAAACGUUCAGUUGAAACGGCUGGAGUAGGCGCAAGUCUUUUUGAGCCACUUCCUGAUAACAGGACAUGCGAAGAUACGGGCAUUACAGACAAUUACUGCCCGUGUUUAAGGUGGCAAUCCAUUGACAUAACCCAUCCUCACGUCCGUAAAGCUGUCAAGGCGGCAGUAAUUCAUAUAAACCAACUUUUGUUGUCUCAUCCCAAGACAGCCAAUCUAUGCCAUCAGCUGGAGCUAAAAAGUAUCUUUAAAGUUCAUCAAAAGCUGCCAAGUCAUGAGGCAGACGUGAAUUUUCUUUCAGGUCAGGAAAAGGCCACUUGCAGCUAUCACAUCAAGUUUCAAACGACACCUGGGGAUGGUCUAUUUGAAGCCCUACUACAGAUGAACGCCACUGGGGAUUUUAAGGUUUACAAUGAAAUCGAUCGUGUUAGUAUGUACGGUGAUCAGCCGAAGUGUAUUGUGAAUCAUGUACCGUCUAUGCGCCCAUACUGCUUGUGUAAAUAACUGGAAAACUAAUGUUAUAUCGCACGUGGCUACUUUAACCCUCGGACACACAGGCAAAUUCAUACUUCUUCUUUAGUUCUUCGUUUCCUGAAUAAGACACAUGGAAGUAUUUUGAAUUUAGUUGGUAGCCUUGGUGGCGCUCCACAAGAUGAAAUGUUUAUUUGUUGAAUAUUACGUCUUACGAGGUCAUUAAAUCCGCCACGAUAAUGUAUCCCCCAUCUUGGACCUCUUUAUUAUUUUUUCUCAGUAAGUCAGAAAAUAACGCAAAUUGAUAAAAAUCCAAAUUGAUAGUCGAUCUCAAAACACACUCAUUCUUCAUUUCGCAGUCACAUGACAAAACUGACCGCGAGUGAUAACGAAUAAACUCGAAUGAGCACGUGCGACUACGAGUGACCAUAAGUGACAAUGAGGGUGGGGGGGAAGGGUAGGUAAGUAGGGAGGGAUGAAGGAAACAAAAGAUAAUGUAAACUUAGCUAUCAUCUCUACAGCCAUCCGUUAAUUAACUCGCAAAACCCAUUUUGUUGUUUUCUUCGCGUUGUUUUGUAAGCUGCUAUGUAAUUUUCCUUUAAUCUGAAUGUGCUGUUUAGUCGUCAUUAUUUCAGCAAUCAUCAUUGGCAGUUAUAAUGCUUGGACUUGAUAACCAUCAGACCUAAAACACUGGAACUGAAUAGAAAAAAACGUGAAUUAAAUUAAUUUUCACGUCAAAAGGAAUCAUUAUCUUUGAUCAAUGGUGUGUCGAUCUACCCAAGUUAGGUGGAGCGAAGGUGAGGUUUUGGGAAUCUAACACCAAGUGGAAGCUUUGUCAUUAUAAGAACGUGCGAGAGUCAACUGGGCCACUUUGCCUAGGGUAGCUGUUCCCCCAAUAGGGGCGGCAGUUUAAACUGUACAGUCCAACCGAAACGACAUGAUAAAAGUAUUCUUCUUCAAAACAACUAAAAGUGAAUACAACGCUCAAGUUGUUUUGACCUCUUUUCUAAUAAUCCUUAACUCGAUUACUGUAGGUUUUAAUAUUUUAACGAGGAACAUUACAAGAAAUUUUGUGAAGAAUAACACAACUGAUUAUCCCAACCGGUGGCACUUCGCGAGGGAGUCGCUGGACAAACAUGACGCCGUUUGGCGUCAAAUAUAAAGCUUAGAGGCGCUAACUGUUUCAAAUUGUUCAUACUGUAUAAUCUGUUACGUUUCUGCCAUUUUAAUAAAUGUAAUCCGGUCUUCAGUAAGAGAAGUGACCCGACCUCAAUGCCUUUUCUAUUUACAUGCAUUCACGUUAAGACAAUACAGCUUUUUCAGUCUC